AUGAAAAGCGACUUGGCCAAAGAUCCGAGUGUUUUAACGAAAGACCGCCUAAAGGCCUUGUUGAGUACCAACGGUGUCCCUUUACCUGAAGGUGAUCAACGGAAAGAUGUAUACGUUAAAUUAUAUAUGCAGCACAUUCAAAACAAGAACAUUGACACCCGUAAUACAGAACCGAAUGUAAGGUCGGAAUUUUCAUCAGAUGAUGACACACAGUCUGUGUCUAAGUCAGCAAAAAAGCGAAAGCCAGCCAAGAAGAGAAAAUCCACCGAUACAAAUAAUGUUUUUAAUAUAGAUUCACUAUCGGACGAAGAGCUGUUGGCAAAUUUGAAGAAAUACGAUAGUGCAGCUGGACCAAUUAUCGACUCGACACGUAACGUGUAUAAGCGAAAAUUGAAAGCUUUUAUUCAACGCUCUGAGGCAACUGUAAAAGAUGGAGAAUUUUCCGAUCCAGACGGAGUAGCUGAAGAUAGUACAAGUAAAAAAGUGGUGAAGGAUACACCUACGCCUCGUCGAGGGCGCACCAAAAGUCGUAGAUCAGUUUCAAGAAAAGAAUUCGUAAAAUCUGAGGUCAAAGAUUCAACCGACUCAAGCGAUCGAAAAGAUGACAUCGCCAUAUUAAACACCUCUCAUUCUGUGAAACCAUCGCAAUCGAACGUAGAAUCUCCGCAAAGUCAGGAUUUACAAGAAACAAAUCUGUGGUAUUUCAUAAUCAUUUUAGUAUUGGCCUUAGCGAUAUAUACUGGUGUUCAUAUUCUGGAAAUCGGUCGAAAGCAUUAA